GAGUCUGACACGGGCUAGCUACAGUAGUAGAUAGCAUGCGGGAGUCGAUACACGCCCUUCGUUGUGGCCUCUUGUGCCUCCAAGGUACACAGAGCAAGCGGACCCAGUCGAGGGCGGGGGUGUAUACACGCAGUUGUCCAGGGCCUCAAAAGCAAGGGGGAAGAGAGAGACCGCAACAGCGCAGCAAGCGGGGGAAUGAGCUGACACCU